AUUAGUUUGUUAUCAUUUAAUUUGAUUGAUUGAAACCUAGAGUAACCCCUUUAUUCAAUUUGGAAGGUCCUCAAUAACAACUACACUAUAAUGGAAGAAGGGGCUAUGUGAUUUGUAAAUUUGUUAAUAAAUAGGUGCAAACUCCAUUCAAGUCUAAAAAUCUAUUCAAACGAAUUUGACAAUUGUUGGUAACACACCCUAAAAAAAUUGGAGGUAUAGAGUGUACACUUAAAAACCUCCAACAAAAAAACUUUGAGACCAAAUAUCUCAAAACUUACUUUUUGUUACAUAGCCCCUUCAUGCACUCACCCCUUCAAUUGAGGCGCUAAGCGGACAAGUGGCCUAACCCACAAAAUAGCAAUAUUGAGAUAUGAGCCUUAGAAUAUCUCUAACACUCUAUUCUAAAUACUGCAUAUCGACCCAAGCCACCUUUUCCAUUUUUCUGAUAGAUAGCAGCACUAGUUUGUUUGUUUAUUAUUGGUCUUUGAGUCAGCUGCAAACUGAAUAGUGGCCCAAGCCACAGCCGUGUGGCCUAACCCACAUUCUGUUCCAUUGUUGUGGCUUGAGCCAUUUGUUUGUUUACUUUCAUGUUUGUUUUGGUUAAAAGCAUUCCACUUGAAACUUACAAAUUGUAUUGAUACGGUUGUUUCACAAGUACCUAUUCCAACGAACCAUGAAUGAAGAUUUGGAGAGUUCGUCUGAGGAAGAGCUAUUCCCAGAUACAUAUUCCUCGUCUUCUUACGCCCCUUCAGAAGAUGAAGAUUCUGAAACUGAGACACCCAAAAAUCGACAUAUGUUGAAGUGCGCUGAGAAGACUUCGCAUGGAGAGACAACAAACACAGGUAAUGAUCAUCCCUCCACCUCAGAUCAUAACUAUCACCAACUGCCUGUAGCUGAUACAAUACCGACUGAAGAUAAUAGAAAAUCCCGAAAGAGGCAAAGAAAUGUUCAAAAUUGGAAACAAAAUGUUAGAAAAAGACUCAGAAAUUCAGGAAAGCAGUAAACCACAAGAAAAGGAAAUGUUGUUGAAGCAAAAGUUUUUGCACCUGGUGACUGCUCUUGCCCUCUUAAGUGUCACCUUAAAUUUCCGACUGAACACUGUAAAAAAAUAUUUUAUUCCUAUUAUGACCUAGCGGACCAUAAUCUACAAACCUCCUUUAUAAAUAACUUAGUAACAGUUGUCAAAAAACAAAGAGUUUAUACAAAAUCUAAUUCAGAGAAACGAAUGUUUACAAGGAUUUAUAACUUAAAAAAGGAAAGUGGAGAAGAAGUCAGGGUAUGU